UGCAAAGUGAAGCAAGCAGUGAAUAUUUGAAAUUAAACGUACCUUCAAUGGAACGUUAAAAGUAUACGUCGAAGGAGCGCAUAAGUUCUAACUAUUAUUAUUUUUACAAGCGUAAAUAAGUAAUUGCCUUUUUUAUAUCAUGAAACUAUGGAUCGGAGUUUUAUUGGAAUGGCUAAAUUGUUUAGAUAUAUUAGAAACAAAUGUUAAAGACUUGAAAGAAUUGGAUAAUGGGAAGGUUUACAAGAAAUUAAUAAAAUCAUUUUCAUGGACUGGUACUAAAGAUAGUACAGACACAGAAAAUAUUAUAGUAAAAUACUUACAAGAUGAAUAUCCAAAAUAUAAAUUUGAUAAAAAUUUGGAGGAAAUGGAACACAUUUAUAUUGCAUCUUUAUUUUUAUUGCUUGUACCUCAAGAACCAUCAUUUCAUCAUCAAAUGUGUUUUAAUUUGCAACAUGAAACGCAACUUAAGAUUAAAUCAUUUCUUGAAAUGACUAUUCCAUAUAAGAAAGACAUAAACAAAGAAACAUUAAAAGAAAUAAUUGCUAGAAUAGAGAAUGAUGCAUCAAAAAUACCUGUCACGCCUAAAGGAAAAGCUCUUAAGAACUUUUUUGAUUCUCCUGUAACAUGGUCUGCUCAAAAUCAUAAGUUAUUGAAUGACAGAAAUAGGGAAUUAAGAAUGUUAAAAAGUGAAUUAGAAGUAGAGAGAUUUGAGAAAAUUGAUUUACAGGAAGAUAUACGAAUUCAACAAAACAAAAUACAAAGUCUACAGAAGAAAUUACAGGAAAAGACUGCAGAAAUAAAAGUUUUAAGAGAAGAAAAAAUGAAACCGACUACUCCACAAUCUUGUGAAAAGAAUAAGGGCACAAUAGAUUAUGAACAAUAUUACAGGAAGGAAAUAGAUCAUUUAGAAGAUCAGCUAUUGCAGAAGCAAUGUAACAUAGAUAAACUUGAAGCAGAUGCUGACACAUUGACAAAAAAGUUAACAUCUAUACAAAUGCAAUAUAUAUAUUUUAGAGACAAAGUAGAAAAUUGUGAAAAGUCUUUAGAAAACAUGCAGAUUCAGGGAGAAAUUAAGGAUAGGGAACUAGUAAAUUUAAAAAAGACCAAUGAAGAGUUGCGUACUCAUUUAAAAGAACUUAGAAAAACAACAAUUGAAGAACAAAGUUUUGAAAUUGAUGAUAUAGUACCCUUAAAUUCAUCUUCAGCAUCUUUAAAUACCAGUGAAGUUUUAAGUUCUGUAAUUGAUAUUCAAUUACAAGAAGCGAAAGAAGAAUCUGCUUUACUAAAGACACAACUUGAUGUUGUAAAUGAAAAACUGAAAUCUGCAAAUCAAGAGUAUGAAAGUACAACACAACUUUUAAAGAAAGAGAGGCAAAUAUUACAAAGUACGGAAACUAAAUUAAAUGUAAUCAUAAGUGAAUCGACUAAACAAAUUGAAACCUUACAACAAGAGAAAGAAUCUCUAAUAAAACAAAAUAAAAAUUUGGAAAUGUUAUAUACUUCUCAAAAAGAAACUUUGUCAGUCGUUGAAAAAUCCAAAGGUGUAUUAAUUACUGAAAAGAAUUCUCUGUUAGGAAAAAUUAAAGAUUUGGAAGAAUCUUUAAACAAAGAAAAUAUAAAUAAUGUUAAAUUAAACACUGAGCUUACUGAAGUUAAAGCACAAAUAUCUGAAAAUCUUAAAUAUAUUCAAGAUAUCAAAGAUCAAAAUAGUUCAUAUAAAACUUCUGUUGAUCUAUAUAACACAAAUUUGAAAGAGAUUAUAUUACAUAAUUUAGAAACUGAUUGUGUAGAAGAUAAAUUAGACAACAAAACAACUACAGAACUAAUAGAAUGUUUACGAAUAAUAUUGUAUAAUUUUAAUCAGAAGUAUACUUUGAAGCAACUAGAAUUGGAAUCAUUAAGUAAUAACAUGAAUGAAGCUAAAUUAAAACUUGAAAAUUUUCAAUUACAAAUAUCUAAAUUAGAACAAAAGGAUGAACAGAAUACUACAGAGAUAUCAAAAUUAAGAAAAACUGUUGCAGAAAGUACAACCAAAAUUAACGAGCUUACUAAUGUUACAGAAAAAUAUUCUGAAGAAAUUUCGUAUUUAAAACAAAUUGAACUCCAAAAACAAACUUUAGAAAAAGUCAUAUAUGUAUAUGAAGAAAAAGUAAAUAAAAAAGAUGCACUCUUACAAGCUUCUUCUAUGUAUAUAGAAACAUUAAAGAAAAAUAUUCGAACUUUUGAAUCAGAAUUUUAUUUAAUGAAAAAAGAUAUAUUAAAUCAGAUAAAUGAGUAUAAAAAAUAUAAUGAAAAAACUACUAAGGGUAUUUUAAAUGCUUAUAAAAUAUUAUAUACUAAUUACACGAAAGAACAGCUUGCCAUGUACCAACUGAAAGAUGAACUUACAGAUAAUAAAAAGAAAUUAGAAGAUAGUAUAAGUUUUAAUGUUAUGUUAGAAAAUGAUUUAAUAAAAAAUAAGGAAAUAACAAAUCAUUUGGAGACAGAAUUAAUUUGUACUAAACAAAAAUUAACAGAGUUUACACAAAAAUUGGAAAAAUUUGAAGAGAUACAAGAAGUAUUUCAGAAACAACAUAAAGAUCUUAAAUCUGAGAAUAACAAAAUUCUACUGGAUUUAAAUAAUGUAAAUGAUAAAUUUGAAAAAUCUCAACAAGAAGUAUGUAAUAUGUUAGAUGAAUUCAAAUUUAAAGACAAAAAAAUAGAAAAUCUAACUGAUGAAAUUACUUCCUUAAAGUUAGAAAAAGAUCAUAUAAUGCAUUUACAAACAGAAGGAGAAAUUAAGAUGAAAAAUUUUAUAAAAGAACUGGAAACAAAAUUAUUGGAAAAACAAUGUCACUUAGAUAAACUAAAUAUAGAAGUAAAAUUAAAACAGGAAACAUUGGAACUUGUGGAAAAUAAAUUUGAAAAAUUAUCAAAAGAAACAAUUGCUUCUGAAGUUAAACUGAAAGAAGUAAUUAUAAAUCUACAGGAAGUAAGAACGAAUCAAGAUGCAGUUUUAAAAACUCAAGAGAAAGCUUUAAAGGAAAAAUGUUUACAAUUAGAAGAAUUACAAAAAGAAUUCAAUGAAUCCAAAAGAGUACUUUGUAAACAACUUGAAGACCAAAAAUUAUUAUGUCAAAAUUUGCAAAGUACAAAUUUUAAAUUACAAACAGAGUCUUAUAAACAAAACAAAAUUAUAGAAGAAUUGCAACAAAUAUUAAAGAAAGAAAAGGACGAACUUAAUAAAAAUAGGGAAUAUUGUAAAAUUGAAGAUGCAAAAAGAUUAGAAGUUAUACAAAUUUGUGAAGAAUUACAACAUUCAGCAAAUGGCUUAAAAUUUACAAUUGCAGAAGUUACUAAGAAUGAAAAUUCUUAUAUUAAUACUACAGAUAAUGUACAAGACAUAAAUAAUGAUGAUACAAAUAAAAAUAUUUUAAGAACUUUAAAGGAGUCCAUUAAUGAAAUACAGGUAUCACGUGAAUUAAUUUUACAACUUUCAAAUGAAAAUACAAACUUAAAUAAAACUCUAAAAAAUCAAACAGUAAUGGUAGAUAACUAUAUUACAAAAUGUGAAGAAAUAAAAUUAUUGGAAAUUAAGAUACAAGAACUAAAUAAUUUACAAGAAGACCAUAUAAAACGAAUAAAUACUUUCAUCAAAUAUAAGGAAUCAUUAAAAGAUUAUUUAAAUAACAUUAUAAAGUCAAGAGAAAAUUUAGAUACAUCUUUAAAUACAUUAAAACAAAAAUGGGACAAUUUAUUAACAAGUUCCUAUAGUGUUCUCAUGAUAGAUAAAUCUGUGUGUGAUGAAUUAAAGCAUAUACAAAGCAAACAAACAUAUUUAGAAAAUACAUUACUUAAGUAUCAUAUUCAUCAUUUUCAAAAUAUAAAACCCUUACAGAAUAUCUUAUGGGACCAAUUUUUAUGGUUUGAACAGAAAAUAAAAGAUAUUUCCUUGAAAGAAGAGAGUGAACAGAUAUUAGAUAUUUCUUCAGACAUCUUUUUUGACCAGAAAACAAUUAUUGAAGCAGAAUUAGAUAAAAAUAAAAUAUUACAAGAAAACAUUACUCAAUUGCAAAAUGAAAUAGAUGAUUUUUCAAAAUUGGUUAUUUCUUUUGAAAAUGAUUUUAAAUGUGAUGAAACAAAAUUCCAAUCUGAGUCAGAGAAAAAGUUACAAUUCCAAAUUAAUGAACUGACAGAAGCUAAGAAUAACUUAGAAAGUAAAUUAAACUGUGCACACACAAACAAUGUAAGAUUAAAAGGUGAUAUUGGUGAACUUAGUAUUAAGGUGCAAGAAAUGGAAACAUCAUUAAAAGAGAUAGAAAACUUAAAGAAAGAAGCAACACAAUUAAAAGAGCAGAAUUUAAAACUGCAAGAAGAAAGGAAUGAGUUAAGCAAACGAUCAAAGAAAGAAGAUAUUGAUAUUCAACUAAAAGAUAUUCAUGAUAAAUAUAAAGUUAAAAUAGAUGAAAUUAAACAAAACAUGAAAAUGCUAUAUAAUGAACAAAUAACGAAGCUAAAUAGAGAACAAGAACAAUGUGUACAAGAAAAAUUAGAGUCAUUACAAAGAAAAAUGGAACUACAAUGUCGUAAACAGGCAGAUGAAUUAAGUAAAUAUAAGGCACAUGUUGCUAACUUAAGUUCACAGCUUUGGAAUGUUGGAGAGAGACUGUUAAGUGAAAAACAAGAAAAGGAAAAAUUGCAGAAGGAAUUAAUUGAAUUAAAAACUAAAUAUCAAAAUUUAGAUCAAAAUAUAGUUUCUUUAAUGGAACAUAAAAAUCCUAAAUGUGAGAAAAAAUACUUAUUAGGAGAAACUAAAGAAGAUGUUUUACAUAAAAUUUCAGUAAUACAAGAAAGAACAACAUACGAAAAAAGAUGUAGUAUUAAGAGUAUACAAACAAUGGGCAAUGCAUUUAAUGCAGAGGAUGAAGAAGGAGAAGUACUUGAUAAUAUUUAUUUAGCUGACAUGAAAGAUGGUAAUUCUUCGCAAAUCAUUGAUGCAGAUAGAUUAUCUAUUUUGAAAAAAAGAAAUGCUCUUUGCAAACCUCAUUUAAAGUCAUCUUAUCCUGUUGAAAUGCAAUUUCAUUCUCUACCAUUUACAGAAGAAGAGAUUAAAGCAGGUUCAGUUCCAGAUGAUAUAUUUAAUGAUAGUUUGAGUCAAAGUUUGCUUCCUGAACAAAAAGCUAAGAAAAAGGAUAGAACUCAGACAUCAUAUAAAAAGCCUGGGCCUCCAACUCCUAGUAAAAACGGAGGAAGAUUAUCAAUACAGGGUAAUGAAUUAAGAAGCCCAAAUUCAAGAAUAUUAAGGGAAAGAAACGGCAAAGAGAGGGCAACGACUACACCACGAACACUGAGAAGUUUAUUCCUUCCACGAGGUCAAGACGAGAAAGUUAUUGUUACACCAAGAGGUCGUAGAAGAAGUAGCAUAUUCCGAAAAUAUCGUAACGCAAAUGAUAGAUGAGAGUACGUACGUACGUAAUAUAAAAUGUUUAAUAAUAAUUAUUAUUAUAAUUGUAAAAAAGAAAUGUAUUUUCA